UGCCCCUUCCCUGGCCUAUUGUUCCCUCUCUCUCAUACUCUGGCUGUUUCGCGGAGAGAUCUCACUGCCUUCCUCACACCUGUUAGCUGUAACCACCUGACCGAGCACCAGAAAAAGAACACGAACGAGAGAGACGGGAUAUGGACCUUUAUUCAAUCAUCACUGCUGUUUUGCUUCUGCAACUGCAAGGUUUUCAUGUGGCCUUGCUCCAGGCACCAACAAACUCUCCAGGACGGACGAUUGAUCAAAGUUGGCUUCGUCAAUGGUUCAAAUCCAAUCUCAACAAGACAUCACAAGCUCAGUCGGAUGGCAUUGUUGAUAUGAACCAGGAGGGUACUGAGUCAACAGAUAACUCUGCUUUGGGUAUCGCAGAUGGUUCCAUGUUCUUUAGUGGGGAACAGGACACAAACGAGACUUCAGGUGAUGUGACGAUUGGCACCACAAUGCCACCAGGGUUGCCAGAUGCUACAGCAGAGGACCCUGAAUUGCCAGCGACCGCUGUUGAAUCUCCAGAAACCACUGUUGCACCAGAACCCCCAGUGAGUGUUGCCUUAAACUCGAGCCAAGUUUCCAACGCGACUGGAGAGGACAGUGGACUCCAAACUACCACCACCACUCCAAUCACAGAAAACUCAAAUGGCUCUAAUUCCAUGUCCAAUGACACUGAAUUGAACGAGACAACCACAGCUCCAGACACCAAUAGCACAGAGGAGGCCGGUCCAGAUCCUGAUGCUGAGAACCGGGUAACCAACAGUACAGAGGACUUCCAUAAUGUACCGACUGCAGUACCAGAAGGACCAGAGCCACCAAGUGAACCAUCCACAGCUUCCCCCACCACAGAGCUCCCCUUGGACUCACCUGGGACUACAACUGCCAAAACCAUCCCAGAAACUACAACAACCACAGGUCCCAGCACAACGACAGACAUGAUGGAAACUGGUGCCGCUUCAGGGAACAACUCUGCGAGAGGCUUGGCCUCAGAUGCAGUGCAGAACAAGAAGAGUAGUGAGGCAUGGGGUGCCAUCCUGGGCACAGGAGUGGCAGUGUGCUUUGUAGCGAUGGUGGUCUAUGUCAUCUGGAGAAGGAGAGGCCGACGGGAUUUCACACACAGGAAGCUUGUUGAGGAAUUCCCCUCAGACCCAGUUCAACGACUGGACAACAGUGAGCCUUUGGAUUUGAAAUAUGAUGGUUCAGCUUACUACAAUCCUGGAUGCCAAAUGGACAACAUCCAAAUGGCCAACUUUCCACGAGGACAUCAAACUUGAAAAGGAUUCCAAGUCUCACCUUAAACACGUUAAAGAAGACUUUCA